AUGCAGGCGCGCUACUCCGUGCCCGACCCCGGCGCGCUGGGCGUCGUGCCCUACCUGGGCGAGCAGGGCUACUACCGCGCGCCGGGCGCCUACGGCGGCGCGCCCGGGCCCGUGGGCGUGUACGCGGGCGCCGCCGAGCACUACGGCGCGGGCCGCCCCUACGCGCCCUACCCCGCGCCCCCGCCCGCCGCGCCCAAGGACCUGGUGAAGCCGCCCUACAGCUACAUCGCGCUCAUCACCAUGGCGAUCCAGCACGCGCCCGAGAAGCGGGUGACGCUCAGCGGCAUCUACCAGUUCAUCAUGGAGCGCUUCCCCUUCUACCGCGAGAACCGCCAGGGCUGGCAGAACAGCAUCCGGCACAACCUCUCGCUCAACGAGUGCUUCGUCAAGGUGCCGCGCGACGACAAGAAGCCGGGCAAGGGCAGCUACUGGACGCUGGACCCGGACUCCUACAACAUGUUCGAGAACGGCAGCUUCCUGCGCCGGCGCCGGCGCUUCAAGAAGAAGGACGUGCCCAGGGGCAAGGAGGAGCGCGCGCCCCUCCGGGAGCCGCCCCCCGCCGCGGCCAAGGGCGCCCCGGCCGGGCCCCGCCUCGCGGACGCCCCCCGGGAGGCCGAGAAGAAGGUGGUGGUCAAGAGCGAGGCGCCGUCGCCCGCGCUGCCGGCGGUCGCCAAGGUGGAGGCGCUGAGCCCCGAGGGCGCGCGGCGCGCCAGCCCGCCCAGCGCCGCGUCCACGCCCGCGGGCUCCCCCGACGGCGCGCGGCCCGAGCCGCCCGCGGGCGCGCCCGGCUUCAGCGUGGAGACCCUCAUGGCGCUGCGCGCGUCCCCGGCCGGCGGCGAGCUGGGCCCCGCGGCCGGGCGCGCGGGGCUGGCGGUGCCGCCGCUGGCGCUGCCCUACGCCGCCGCGCCGCCCGCCGCCUACGGCCCGCCGUGCGCGCAGGGCCUGGAGCCCGGGGCCGCGGGCGGCUACCAGUGCAGCGUGCGCGCCCUGAGCCUCUACACCGGCGCCGAGCGGCCCGCGCGCGUGUGCGGCCCGCCCGCGCUGGACGAGGCCCUCUCGGACCACCCGGGCGGCCCCGCCUCGCCCCUGGGCGCCCUCGGCCUCGCCGCGGGCCAGGAGGGCGCGCUCGCCGCCGCCGCCGCGGGCCACCACCACCAGCCCCUCGGCGGCCACCACCCGCCCGCGCCCGCGCCCGCCCCGCCGCCCGCGCCGGCGCCGCCGCCCGCGGCCCCCGCGGCCUCCUGGUACCUCGGCCACGGCGGGGACCUGAGCCACCUCCCCGGCCACACGUUCGCGGCCCCGCAGCAGACUUUCCCCGGCGUCCGCGACGUGUUCGGCUCCCACCGGCUGGGCGCGGACGGCGCGGGCCUCGGGGAGCCCCAGGCGAGCGGGGGCGCGAGCUGUCAGCUGCCCUACCGGGGCGCGCCCGCCCUCUACCGCCCCGCCGCCCCCUACUCCUACGACUGCACCAAGUACUGA